AGCUCUUGUUCUGCCAUCUCGGGCGCUCUCACACACCUUCACCUGCACAGACUUGAAAGUCCAGUUUCACCAGAGGCUGAGGCUCCAGGAAAAGGGGAGCGAGUUCAUUGGAUCAAACAUGUCACAAGAGUCGGACAAUAAUAAACGACUGGUGGCCUUAGUGCCCAUGCACAGUGACCCCCCGUUCAAUACCCGAAGAGCCUACACCAGUGAGGAUGAAGCCUGGAAGUCAUAUUUGGAGAAUCCCCUGACGGCGGCCACCAAGGCGAUGAUGAGCAUUAAUGGUGAUGAGGACAGUGCUGCUGCCCUGGGCCUGCUGUACGACUACUACAAGGUUCCUCGAGACAAGAGGCUGCUAUCUGUAAGCAAAGCAAGUGACAGCCAAGAAGAGCAGGAUAAAAGAAACUGUCUUGGCACCAGUGAAGCCCAGAGUAAUUUGAGUGGAGGAGAAAACCGAGUGCAGGUCCUAAAGACUGUUCCAGUGAACCUUUCCCUAAAUCAAGACCACCUGGAGAAUUCGAAACGGGAACAGUAUAGCACAAACAUCUCUGAGAGCCCAGCCAUCAUCCCCGUAUCAGGAAUCACAGUGGUGAAAGCUGAAGAUUUUACACCCGUUUUCAUGGCCCCACCCGUGCACUAUCCCCGGGGAGACGGUGAGGAGCAACGUGUGGUUAUCUUUGAACAGACUCAGUAUGGCAUGCCCUCCAUGGCCAGCCACAGCACCUACCUCAAGGAUGACCAGCGCAGCACCCCAGACAGCACUUACAGCGAGAGCUUCAAGGAUGGAACCACAGAGAAAUUCCGGAGUGCUUCAGUUGGGGCUGAGGAGUACAUGUAUGACCAGACAUCAAGUGGCACAUUUCAGUACACCCUGGAAGCCACCAAAUCUCUGCGUCAGAAGCAGGGGGAGGGCCCCAUGACCUACCUCAACAAGGGACAGUUCUAUGCCAUAACGCUCAGCGAGACUGGGGACAACAAAUGCUUCCGACACCCAAUCAGCAAAGUCCGGAGCGUGGUAAUGGUGGUCUUCAGUGAAGACAAAAACCGAGAUGAACAGCUGAAAUACUGGAAGUACUGGCACUCCCGGCAGCAUACGGCAAAGCAGAGGGUCCUUGACAUUGCUGAUUACAAGGAGAGCUUUAAUACGAUUGGAAACAUCGAGGAGAUUGCAUAUAAUGCUGUUUCCUUCACCUGGGAUGUGAAUGAAGAGGCGAAGAUUUUCAUCACUGUGAAUUGCCUGAGUACAGAUUUCUCCUCCCAGAAAGGGGUGAAAGGACUUCCUUUGAUGAUUCAGAUUGAUACGUACAGUUAUAAUAAUCGUAGCAAUAAACCCAUUCAUAGAGCUUACUGCCAGAUCAAGGUCUUCUGCGACAAAGGAGCAGAAAGGAAAAUCCGAGACGAAGAGAGGAAGCAGAACAGGAAGAAGGGGAAAGGCCAGGCCUCCCAAACCCCCUGCAACAACUCCUCUGAUGGGAAGUUGGCGGCGAUACCUUUACAGAAGAAGAGUGACAUCACCUACUUCAAAACGAUGCCUGACCUGCACUCACAGCCGGUCCUCUUCAUACCUGAUGUUCACUUUGCAAACCUGCAGAGGACGGGACAGGUGUAUUACAACACGGAUGAUGAACGAGAAGGCAGCAGUGUCCUUGUUAAACGGAUGUUCAGGCCCAUGGAAGAGGAAUUUGGUCCAGCACCUUCUAAGCAGAUGAAAGAAGAAGGGAUGAAGCGAGUGCUGCUGUAUGUGCGGAAGGAGACGGACGAUGUGUUCGACGCUUUGAUGUUGAAAUCCCCCACUGUGAAGGGCCUGAUGGAAGCGAUAUCUGAGAAGUAUGGGCUGCCUGUGGAGAAGAUCACAAAGCUUUACAAGAAAAGCAAAAAAGGCAUCUUGGUGAACAUGGACGACAACAUCAUUGAGCACUACUCGAAUGAGGACACCUUCAUUCUCAACAUGGAGAGCAUGGUGGAAGGCUUCAAGAUCACACUCAUGGAAAUCUGAGCCCUGCUCUCGGCCUCCCCUCGGCAGGGGCCCUGGGUGCCUUCCUUCCCAGUAGAGACGGAGACCCCGGCCUGGAACCCAGGCACCCACCUCCCCCACCUCACAACCACUGUUACAGACUGUGCUGGGAGCCCGGUGAGACACGGAGCCCAUUCCUUACCAGUGUGUUUGGCCCAUCCACUGACUCCUACUGGAGCCGAAGCCUGAGCCCCUCAGGAAGGUGUGCUGGGCUGGUCAGACACUUAUUUAUUGUCCAGUCCACCUGGUUCUGGAGCCCGGGGUCCAGGCCCGCUAGGACGCUGCGGGACACU